AUGAGUGGCAGCUCAGAGUCUCGGCCUAAGGGCCAGAUUGUCACUGCAGGGCCGGAGAGCAGUGACCAGCUGGCAGACCCAUUGCGGCCCACAACAGUGGAGACACAGGUGCUGCUGCCAAAUGGCACAUCACGAUCCAUCUGCUUGAAGUGUUGGCCUCAUGGGUCCGAGUUAAGAUGGGAGCCGCGAAGGCUCUUGCUAGCAGCAGGGUAUCGUUACGACAGCCACCGCACCAAAGUGUGCAAUGUGUUCACAAGCCAGCAAGCGAUGUGGGACAUCACAUUGGGCUGGCUCUUGAUGCCAGGACUAGGGCACUCCUUUGGUCAGUCAUCACACAGCUCUCGGGCCCGAUCUGUCGAGGUCAGUGCUGAUUCAGCAGAGGAGGAGUAUUGGGUCAGCGCACAAUGGAUGCUGGGUCUUCUCCUGCAAUGGCAGCAUCGGAGACGAGAUGUUCAAAAGCGGGAGGAGGUCCGAGUUCUUGCAGAGACCGUCUUUCAGAUUCUGUGCCCACGGAACCGAUGGCCCGAAGGUUGGUUCGGUCACCUCCCAGAGCCCACCACUGCAGAGACAGAGCUCUGCAAACAUCUCGAUCUGGAUCUCAUGGCAGAGAGGCCCGAGUGCGCCUGUAUGCAAGAGCUUCGUCAAAUGUUGGGAACCCUGCAAAUAGCAGACGAUGCGACACCUCAUGCUCAAAUGUGGGGCCGACUUGCAGCGGGUUUCGAAUUCAGUCAUUGCCCGACUGUCGGCGCACUCACCGGCCGCAUGCUCAAGGAUGUCUCGGAUCGAAUUGGCGCAUGCUUCUCAGACUGGGCGAAUGUUGACUUCUUGAAAUCGACUGGGCUGGUCUUGUUGGGUCCGAGUAACAAAAAGCGUCGACUGGACCCACACUUCAAGGAGGCCGCUAUUCAGUCUGUUCUGCAAGAGGGGCAGUCCGACAAGGCUAGAAACUUCAGCAAGGCGAUGAAGGUCGUAGACGAGAAGACCACUUUUCGAUGGAUCGAAUCGGCCUUACUCCAGCUAAGCGCCGCGGCCCGAGUGACUUUCCAUCAAAUUGGGGUUUGCUCGAUUGCUCUGGAUGGUGCCCGAAUGGGGAAGCCGGCGCACGAUUGGCUGUUCAUUGCACAAAGCAUGGGCUCUAAGCACUUAGUGAUGCCACCGCAGGACAUGAUAUUGGUCUGA